GUGAAGUUAAUUGAGAGCAGAAUGGAGUCAUGGAAGUUGGAAGAAGGAGUGACGACCUCCAAUGGCGGCAGCAACAGCAGUGGAGGUUGGUCACCAGCCGUAAAAAGCUUAUUACAAAAAGUGAUUGCAGAACUGAUGGGGACGUACUUCCUAAUAUUCGCUGGAUGUGGGGUGUUGACAGUAGAGAAAAUAUACGGAUCAGUGACAUUCCCAGGGAUUGCAGUGACAUGGGGAUUGACAGUGUCCGCUUUGAUUUAUGCUCUUUCUCAUGUCUCUGGUGCUCAUUUCAAUCCUGCUGUUACCAUUGCCCUCACCCUCUUCCGCCUCUUCCCCUGUUGGAAGCAGGCUACAUUAUAUGUCGUGGCUCAGUUUGUGGGGGCUCUUCUUGCUAGCCUCACCUUGGUGGCACUCUUUGAUGUUACGCCACAAGCUUAUUUUGGAACCCUGCCCAUUGGGUCUCACCUGCAGUCAUUUGGUGUUGAAAUCAUCAUCACCUCUCUCCUCGUGUUUGUCAUCUGUGGGGUUAAUACUGAUCCCAGAGCGAAAGGUGGGUUCGAAGGAGUUGCUGUUGGAAUGACAAUCAUGUUGAAUGUUUUUAUUGCCGGGCCAGUAUCGGGAGCAUCGAUGAACCCAGCAAGGAGUAUAGCGCCGGCAAUAGUGAAGAGCGUUUACAAGGGAAUUUGGGUUUACAUUGCGGGUCCAAUAGUUGGAGCCAUGGUUGGAGCAUUCAUUUAUCACCUCCUCAGAUCCAAUCCUGAUCCAACCCCACUCCCUCAAAACUAA